UGUAAUGAAAUGUUCUUGUGUAGACACAGGUACCAGAGUUUGUGCCAGAUAGUUGUCGUCUUUAGUCAGCUGACCAGAGGCUACGUAGUGGUUAGUUUCUUUUUCCACAUGACCAGCAUGUUUGUGUCUAUAUUUGGCGUGAGUAGCUCGACCAUGUCUGCGGACAUAGCCACCUACCAGGUGUUCGCUGGCAUGGCUUUCAACCUUCUGCUGAUUCUCUUUCUGACUGCCAAGUGGGGUCUGCUUCAUUCAGCGGCCCAUUCAGUAAAUCAGGCAGUCAACAAUGCUUCAUGGGAUCGAAAAUCUAAGCGUCUGCUACAAAAGAUGAGUCUUCUGCUGACUCAGUGCUGUACAACUAAAGUAGGCAUCAAUGUUUAUGGUCUGUUUAUUAUUGAUACUUCCACGCCACUUAUGGUGACUGGAACUCUUAUCACUUAUGGGAUCGUCGUGCUGCAGUUUCAGCUGGAUAAAGAUUCUUUCAACAAGUGUCACUACAAUGCCACAAUAUGACCAGAAAGUCAGCAUAAUACAAAGAAACGUUCCGCAGUGCAACGCUUCUAAAGAGAUGACAUGAGCUUUUGGUUUUCCAUGGAAAACGAAACUAGAAAUAAAAAAAAAAAUUGUUUAUAUGGUUGAAGAGAACAUGGACAAAGAAACUGAAAGCGAGAGAGAGAGAGAGAGAGAAAUAAACUUUUAUAGAGUUCUGUUACAUCACAUUUUGAUAAUUGCAUAAAAAAAAACUCUUUAUUUCCAAAAAACUUCGAGAAAUGUCUUUUGCAAGGAGUAGAGCAACUUUUUGUGUAAAAAACUUAUCAGUCUGAUACAAUUUGUGUACGCUUUCUUUAUUCGCCACCCUAUCUCAGAUCAAGCCCAUCAAGCUGCAGUUAUUUCGUUUACCUUACAACACAAGAAUCAAUUUUUUUAAAUUAAUCAAUUAAAUUCACUAUUGAUAAUUAAUUAUUUUGUUUGGUGUCUAGAACAAGGGAAAUAAAUUGUACUUGACCGAGGUAAUAGUUCGCCGCUUUAAAGUAAGUUUGAAACAAAUAAUAGAUAACUAUAC